UUUGGUGCGCGCUGCCGGCCGAGGCUCCCGCCGCCGCCGUUUGACCCGCGCUCCGCCCCGUAGCCGGGGCCGGCCUCCCGGGAGCCCAUGUCCGAGGAAAGCGACUCCCUCAGAACCAGCCCUUCGGCUGCCUCCCUCUCGGACAAUGAGCUGCCUUCUCGCCAGGCGCCACCCGCCUAUGUGUGCUCGUUGAGCCAGGAGCUGGUCACCAAGGCACGGGAAGAGCUGCAGGAGAAGCCAGAAUGGAGGCUCCGGGAUGUGCAGGCCCUGCGGGACAUGGUACACAAGGAGUACCCGCACCUGAGCACAGCCCUGGACGACGCCUUCCUGCUGCGCUUCCUCCGGGCCCGCAAGUUCGACUAUGACCGCGCGCUGCAGCUGCUGCUCAACUACCAUGGCUGCCGGCGCAGCUGGCCCGAAGUGUUCACCAACCUGCGGCCCUCGGCACUCCGCCACGUCUUGGCGUCCGGCUUCCUCACCGUCCUGCCCCAGCCAGACCCCCGCGGCUGCCCCAUCCUCUGCAUCCGCCCAGACCGGUGGAUACCCAGCAGCUACCCCAUUACUGAGAAUAUCCGUGCCAUCUACUUGACUUUGGAAAAACUCAUUCAGUCUGAAGAAACGCAGGUGAAUGGAAUCGUAAUUCUUGCCGACUACAAAGGAGUGAGCUUGUCCAAAGCAUCUCAUUUCGGCCCUUUUAUUGCCAAAAAAGUGAUUGGCAUCCUUCAGGAUGGUUUCCCCAUUCGGAUCAAGGCAGUCCAUGUAGUGAAUGAACCUCGGAUAUUUAAGGGCAUUUUUGCCAUCAUAAAACCAUUUCUGAAGGAGAAAAUAGCAAGCAGAUUUUUCCUCCAUGGAUCCAAUCUGAACUCUCUGCACACAAACCUUCCAAGAAGCAUUCUCCCCAAGGAGUAUGGGGGCACAGCUGGAGAACUAGACAUCACUUCCUGGAGCCAGGUGUUGUUGGCCUCAGAGGACGACUUUGUGAGGGAAUUCUGCCAGCCAGUCCCCACCUGCAACACCGUCCUGGGUCAGGCUCUGUUGCCCGAGGGGCUGGCCUCAGAGGCACAGUGUGAUGACUCCCUGCGGGCUGUUAAGUCACAGCUCUACUCCUGCUACUAGCCAGCCCAUGUGUAAACGGAAUUCUUCUGUCUUGGGAGAGGCACAGGGUGUCAUGGUCUUGCUUCUUGGUAAGGAACAGUAUGCCAGAAAACCUGCUGAGCUCAGAGGGUGAGCUGGAGCUGUGGGGGAGGGCAGCCUUCAGGUACUUAAAUGACGCCAUAGGAAGCAUUCCUGGUAAUUAUUCUAGAAAUUUGGAAUCCUAGUUUGUUGCCAUCAGUUUGGAAGCUGAAUUUGGUUCUUAUACUUCUGAAGCAAGGAAAAUGAGAACCCAAGUUUUAUCAAUAUACAUUCCAGAAAACUACCCAAAAGGUUAAGUUCCUAAGGAACAAGUCAGCUGGGCCUGUGAGGUGGCCACUCAUGAGACUGAGGGUUUAUUGACUUUCACAUGAAUCAUAAUUCAAGACUUCUGUUAAUCAAGAAAAUACAAGUGUGGGGUAUAGGCCCCAGCUGCCAUCUGGGUUUGGAAAGGAGCCCCAGGACAGAAGCAGAGCUUCCUGGUCAACCAGUUAACAUGGGAAUCAGAUAAGCAAGAAGGCUUCUGAGAUCCAGGGGCCAAAUCUGACAUUAGAUACUGAAGGUUCCUCCAACCCAUAAAGCCUUAGUCCUGGUUCUCAGCAGAAUCUUGCACCACCUAAAGUACUGGGGGUCAGACCUGUGUAGCAAAGGGAAUUAUGGUGUAAGAAUUAAAGGGGCCUGGGCUCCAGCCCGUUAUCUGGCUGUGGACAAGA